AGGCCAGAAAAAACACUGGUGAUCCCGGCAGCCAUGGCCUCAGCGGCUCCUGUACAGGGAAUCCAAGAGGAAACCAUGUGUCCCAUCUGCCUGGAGUAUCUAAUGGACCCCGUGACCAUGGACUGUGGGCACAACAUCUACCAGGGCUGCAUCAGUAACUAUUGUGACAAAUGGGAAGAAUAUGGCCCCUUGGAGUGUCCCGUCUGCAGAGACCGGAUCCAGAAAGGGAGCCUCCUCCCCAACUGGCAGCUGGGAAAUAUAGUAAGGAAAAUUAGACAACUGGAAUUAAAUCCUAGCAAAGAGAAUCUGUGUGAAACACACCAGGAGAAACUCAACCUAUUCUGCGAGGAGGACAGGGAAGCCAUGUGUGUGGCUUGUUGGAGAUCUCCCCAGCACAGAUCUCACAAAGUGCUGCUCAUGGAGGAGGCUGCUCAGAAAUACAAGGAUCAAAUUCAGCUCCAUUUGCAGAGCAUGAUGAAAGAGAGAGAUGAGAUCCCGGCCGUUAAACUGAGUGAGGAAAAGAGACUCCUGGAACUGCUGGAGAAAAUGGAAGCCGAGAGGCAGAAGAUUGUAUCUGUAUUUAAGCAGCUGCGCCAGUUUCUGGAGGACCAAGAGCAACUCCUGCUGGCCCAGUUGGAAAAGUUGGACAAGGAGAUUAGGAAGAGCCAGGAUGAAGACGCCACCAGAGUGUCCAAGGAGAUACCCCGUCUCAGCGAGCUGAUCGGCGAGAUGGAGGGGAUGUGCCGGCAGCCGGCCAGCAAAUUCCUGCAGGACAUCAGAAGCACCUUAAGCAGGUGUGAGAAGGGGAAGUUCCAGCAGCCAGUGGAGAUGUCUUCAGAGCUGGAAAAGAGACUUGGAGAGUUGUCUCAGAAUAAUAGUGUCCUAACGGAGACUCUGAAGAAGUUCAAAGACACUCUGCCAUCUGAACUGGAGAAAAGAAGAAGGGAAUCCCUAGGAUUGCACAGACGGGUGAACAUGACUCUGGAUCCAGACACGGCUCAUCCCGAACUCAUCGUAUCAGAGGAUGGGAAAAGUGCAAGAUGGGGAUUCACAGAAGAGGAUCUACCCGACAAUCCAGAGCGAUUUGACAUUUUGCCCUGUGUGCUUGGCUGUGACAGAUUCACCUCAGGGAGACAUUGCUGGGAGGUGGAAGUUGGGGGUGGGCAAUUCUUGGCUGUGGGAGUGGCCAGAGAGUCUGUGAGGAGGAAAGGAUGGAUCAGCCGUAACCCUGAGGGGGGGAUCUAGGCUGUGGAGCGGUGUGGAGAUCAAUACCAGGCUCUCACCUCCCCUGAGACCUGCCUGCCCCUGAACCAGGCCCCCAGCAGGAUGCGGGUUUCUCUGGACUGUGAACGGGGGCAGGUGACAUUUUUUGAUGCUGAGAACCAGGGCCUGGUUUUCACUUUCCCGCCCGCCUCUUUCACUGGGGAGAAAAUCCGACCUUUGCUCCAGGUGGGGAGAUCCCAGCUCAGACUGUGUCCCUAAGACACAGGGGGGAAAUAUCCCCCCUGAGAACCCUGAAAUCAGCCUCUCUAGCCUCAGAUGUCCUCAUCUCCAUGACCCUGGUGCCUCCAUGGGGGACAAUGGAUCAUCAAAGCAUAGAGAGGAAGCAGCAAUGGAGAUGGAGACGUCAGGUUUUCCCCCUAUGGACUGUGCAGCCUAUUUCUCACUGUCCUCCAUAGUCAGGAAGACUGGGAUCCCAGCUCAGGCACUGAGACACUGAGGGAAAAGCCCACCGGGAAUUAAAAGAUGGGUUUCUUUAGCCACCAUCAUCCUAGUCUCCAUGACCUUGGAGGACUCCUGUCUCCCCAUUCUCCUGGCCCCUCCUCUCUCUCACCCCUUGGAAGUUCAUCCCUCUCCUUGCCAGUACUAGGGGUGAGAAAGGGAUGGGUGAAGAACCACUGAAACUGCAGGAAGUGCAGACGGGCUGUGAGGGACAGGGGUGA